AUGAUGACAAUAGAGCUGAAAGUGGCUGCACAUUUGGAUCCUCAGAUCAGGGCUCUGUGGGAGACCAAGGGAUUUGUGACAGAGAACUCCAGUCAUAGAAAGAAAUCUACCCCACCAAUGGGUCUUGGUCUGGAGCGCUCUCGCCAGGACUUUCGUAACUUCCACUAUCAUGAAGCAGCUGGACCCCUUGAGGUCAUGAGCCAACUUCAGGAGUUAUGCCGUCUGUGGUUGAGGCCAGAGAUCCACUCGAAAGAGCAGAUCUUGGAACUACUAGUGUUAGAGCAGUUCCUGAACAUUCUGCCAUGGGCUACCCAGGCCCAGAUGCAGAAACACCAUCCACAGAGCAUCAAGGAGGCUGUGGCCUUAGCAGACUACUUGCAGAGAGAAUCUGAUCAAACGACGAAAGGGAGCUUGUUGAUGUUUGAAGAGGUGGCCAUGUAUUUUUCCCAGGAAGAAUGGGAGUUAUUGGAGCCCACUCAGAAGAUGCUCUACCAUGAUGUAAUGCAGGAAAAUUAUGAGGCUGUCAUCUCUGUAGGGUUGAAGCUCAAAAAUGACAUUGGAAAUCAUAUGCUUAUAUCACUUCCUAGUUUAGAAAUGGAAGCAUCAGGAGAUACAGUUUCCAAAAAGUCUAGAGUGAAUAUUUUCUACAAAACAACAGGCAAAGAAAAUCAAGGUGAUAUGCACAGGGCAGGGAAACGGCAUCGAGAUUUUCCAGUGAAGAAAAGAAAGAAGCUUUCAACCUGGAAACAAGAGUUGCUGAGACUUAUGGAUCUUCACAAGAAAGACCGUGCAGGAGAAAAGCCUUUUAAAUGUCCAGAUUGUGGGAAAAGCUUCAGAGUUAGCUCUGAUCUUAUUAAGCACCAGCGAAUUCACACUGAAGAGAAACCCUAUAAAUGUCAACAGUGUGACAAGAGGUUUAGAUGGAGUUCAGAUCUUAAUAAGCACUUAACAACACACCAAGGGAUAAAACCCUAUAAAUGCUCAUGGUGUGGGAAAAGCUUCAGUCAAAACACAAAUCUCCACACACACCAAAGAACUCACACAGGGGAGAAGCCCUUUACAUGUCACGAAUGUGGGAAAAAAUUCAGUCAGAACUCCCACCUUAUUAAACACCGAAGAACCCACACAGGCGAGCAGCCUUUUUCAUGUAACAUAUGCAGGAGAAACUUCAGUAGACGGUCAAGCCUUCUUAGACACCAGAAACUCCAUAGGUGA